AUGGAAGAUUCCCAAACAGUCGAGGACAUCGCCCUCGAGACCCCAGUCUCAGAUGUCUUUAUCCCACCUUCAAUCGACGAAAAGGCCCUCCUCGCAGGCGACUCCUACUCAUACUUCUCGCCCGUUCCGCCAUCCCUCCUCCCACCUCCAUCAGAAACCUCCACAACGCCCUCGGAAACACCAGCAACCGGAACCCCCGUCUGUCUCGGCGUAGACGAAGCCGGCCGCGGCCCCGUGCUCGGCCCCAUGGUCUACGGCGUCUUCUACCUGCCCAUCCCCCUCUCGGACCCCCUCCUGCGCGAAACCCACCACUUCGACGACUCAAAGGUGCUUACGCCCGCCGUGCGCUCGAGGCUCAUGGAGGCUGUCUGCAAGCCCGGCUCCGACCUCUAUGAGUCCUGCGGCUUCGCCACCCGCUCCCUCUCAGCCCGUGACAUAUCGACGGGCAUGCUCCGGCCCGGCGCGACGUACAACCUCAAUGCGCAGGCCAUGGACGCCACGGUUGACCUCAUCAAGGGCGUUUUCGCCCAGGGUGUCAACAUCGCCGAGAUCUACGUCGACACCGUCGGUCAGCCGGCCGCGUACCAGGCCAAGCUGCAGCGCUUCUUCCCCGCGACCAAGAUCACCGUCGCGAAGAAGGCCGAUAGUCUGUACCCCUGCGUCUCGGCGGCUUCCGUCGCUGCCAAGGUCACCCGUGACGCCGCGCUUGAGGUCCUGUACCGCGCGCGUGCGCCCGAGGCAGCUGAGACGGAGGAAGGUAUGGCUUGGGGAUCCGGGUACCCUUCUGAUCAACGAUGUGUAUCUUGGAUGAGGGGGAACAUGCACCCCGUUUUUGGAUGGGGUCCCGAAUGCCGGUUUAGCUGGGGCACUGCUAAGGACAUGCUCGAGGCCAAGGGCAACUUGAAGGUGGACUGGCCGGUUGACGACGACGGCGAGGCUCGUAUGACUGAUUUCUUCACGUCGGCAGACAAGGAGGAUGGCGAUGAAUUGGGAACCUGGUUUGGAAGACCAGCAGGGCUUGAGGCGUUCUGA